GCAAGCCUGCAAAACAACAAAAGACGGAGAGGUACAAGUCCUCCUAAAUAUCUUAACAUCACAAACUCCACAUGCCAUAUUUCUCCUCCACUCAAUAACCAAUUUUUGUAUUUCAUUUCUUCAUUUCACCUUGCUCCUGAACUAUAAUAAAAGUCUUCAAAAAAUUAAAUAAAAAUCCUUCACUAUUAUUAUUACACACAUUAUGAUGAUCCAAAAAGUAGUUUGUUGCGCAACGCCACCGGUUGCGACACCAACAUCAGUACCACCGCAGCGAACGACAUCGCUGCCGGUCCGUACCAUCCCCGGAGGGUACGGAUGGCCGGUGGUUGGGCCGUUAGGGGACAGGUUAUCGUAUUUUUGGUUCGAGGGACCAGCUACUUAUUUUAAGAAGAGAAUAGAGGAGCAUAAGAGCACGGUGUUUCGGACAAAUAUGCCACCAACGUUUCCGUUUUUCACGGGAGUGAAUCCGAAUGUGAUAGCCGUGCUAGACUGCAAGUCAUUUGCGCAUAUGUUUGAUAUGGAACUUGUUGAGAAGAAGAACAUUCUUAUUGGAGAUUUCAUGCCUAGUACUGGCUUCACUGGCGAUAUGCGUGUCUGCGCUUACCUUGAUACUUCUGAACCUAAACACACUCAGGUCAAGAAAUUCGCGAUGGAGAUUCUAAAACGAAGCUCAAAGAUAUGGGUCCCGACCGUGACCUCAAACCUAGACACAAUGUGGGACUCCAUCGAGGCCGGUAUCUCCGAAUCCGGCUCCGUGACUCCCCUCGCCCAGCUCCAACAAUUCAUCUUCAACUUCCUCACAAUUUGCCUCAUUGGAGCCGAUCCUGCAAAAUCACCAGAAGUAGCUGAAAAAGGUUACAUGUGGCUCGACGCAUGGCUUGCCCUCCAAGUCCUUCCCAUUACGAACAUACCAACGUUACAACCUCUCGUUGAAAUUUUCUUGCAUUCUUUUGCGUAUCCUUCUUUUCUCGUCUCUGGCGGUUAUAAUAAGCUCGUCGAGUUCGUUGAAAAAGAAGGCCAAGAAGUUCUCGAGCUGGCUCAGACCGAGUUCGGGUUAAGUAAAGCAGAAGCCCUACAUAACCUAAUUUUUAUCCUAGGGUUUAAUGCAUUUGGUGGAUUUAGUGUUUUUUUACCGUCUAUUUUUAGUGCCCUGGGAAAUGAUACCACAGGGUUGCAACAAAAAUUACGAAACGAGGUCAAGGAAAAAAUCGGGACUAACUCGUUGAGUUUCGACUCGGUAAGACAACUCGACUUGGUUAACUCGUUUGUUUACGAGACACUUAGGCUCAACCCGCCCGUGGCAUUACAAUAUGCGAGGGCUAGGAAAGAUUUUACGCUGAGUUCGCAUGACUCGGCAUUCGAGAUAAAGAAAGGAGAGCUGCUUUGUGGAUAUCAGCCUCAGGUUAUGAGAGAUGAGAAAGUGUUUGAUGAGCCUGAGAAAUUUGUGGCGGACAGGUUUACUAAAGAGAAGGGGAGCGAGUUACUGAGUUAUUUGUUUUGGUCGAAUGGGCCACAGACCGGGUCACCCAGCGAGUCGAACAAGCAAUGUGCUGCCAAAGAUUAUGUAACGCUCACUAGUUCAAUUAUCGUGGCUCAUAUGUUUCAGAGGUACGAGUCUGUUAAGAUUGAUUCUUCUGGAGCAAUCUCGGACUAUGAAGCGGCUAAAUAAAUUUCGAAUAUUCAUGUAGUAAAACAGGUCUAUGAGGAAUAAGCAGCAUCAACUCAUUUGUGUUUUUAUAUGGUUAUGCCUCACAAAAAUGAUGGGUUGGUCAUGUAUUGUAUGAUAUGGAAUAUUAAGUACUUUUAUGCACAAA